GAGGAGAGGAGGAAGGAGGAGAGGAGGAAGGAGCUCCUUUGACAGCGGCUGCUGCUCCUAUUUCAACCGUUGUGGAGCCAAAAAGCAAAAAAUACCCAAAAUAUCUGCCUUUGUGGAGUUUGGACGCAUGCAGGACAGAGUAUAUGAAGGAGGACAAGAUGAACGUGGAGGCUCUAAGCAGAACCGAGCUGCUGACACUCCUGAGUGUCUUGGAAGGAGAGCUGGAGGCCCAAGAGGUGGUCAUUCAUACCUUUCAAGCUCAAAACAAAGAUGCUUUCAUCCAGGAUCGUUACGGCCGCUAUGACCUCAGCGAUCCAUUUCUGGCCCUGCAACGGGACAACGAAGCAGCACAGAACCAAAGCACGCAUGCCCGGACUCGUACUCACAUGCACGGACAGGCAGUGGCCCCAAACCCUUUAGGUGUCCUCAAACUGGUCAUGGUUCACUGCAGGAAAAUGCAGGAAAGGAUGAUGAGACAGUUGGCAGCGACUGAGAGCAGACACAAAAGAGUAAGAGACUAUUCACACCCAUUUUUAAACGCUUUUGUUCCCUUUUUCACGCAUAUAAUGUUAUCCAUUUGUGUUGAACAGAUGAUAGCUGAUCUAGAGGAGGAGAAACAGCGACAGGCUCGGGAAUCUGUACAGAGUGAUAAUUUCUCGUCGCUACUGCAAACAGAGAGAGACAAACUUCUGCAACAGCUUGAAAUUGAGCGAGCGUCAUUGCAGCGACUCGAGAGGGAACAGGCUCAGGCGGUGUUCCAGGCAGAGGAGCAGAAGCAGCUUUCAUCAACUCUCACCUCGGAGCUUCAGAAGGCCGGCAGCCGAGCCGAGGAGGAGGCACAGAAGGCCUCAAAGCUCCGUACUUUGCUUCAAGAAGAGACAGACAUUGUGGAGAAGUUAAAAGGUCUUCUUGAAGAUGAAAAAGGCAGGACGACGGAACUCAAAGCUCAGUCCGAUAGGAAUCUUGCUGAUUUUGCUGCAGAGCGACAGCAAUUGAAAGUCAGGCUAAGUGAGGAAGAAGAAAAGAGCAAGGAACUGAGGAGAGAACUGGAACAUCUCAAAAAAAUAUUGGGUGAAACCAAUGACUGCAGAGAACGAUCAAAGGAAACUGGGAUGGAUGUAAAAGACUCAAACUCAGUCGUGACUCCAUCUGCUCACACGGAACCUGAUGGAAAACCUCAGAAAAUGUCCCUAGCGUCAAAAGUCAAUGGCCACCACCUUCUCAAAGAAACGGAGCUAACUCAAGAAGGGGGAGGAUCGGAAAACACAGGGGUGAUGGAAAACGGGGGAGGAGUAAGCUUACAUUCACCUCUUCAUCCUCAUCCUCACUCUCCUUCCAGCACCACCUCCUCGUCUCCUAUCUCCUCGCCAGUAUUGUCCAAACGUCUCACCAGCCCAGGUUUCCAUCAGUCCUCCUACCAGGCCGGAGUCAAUCAGCGUUUCCACGCCGCCAGACACAAGUUCCAGUCCCAGGCUGAACUGGAGCAACAACAACAGCACGGUGGCCCCCUUUCCCCCAGGGACCUCUCCCCCACCGCGUCUUCCCACCCGCCCCCACCGGAGCACAGCGCAGCCAAGCAGCUGGCCCGCAACACGGUCACGCAGGUUCUGUCCCGCUUCACCAGCCAGCAAGUCGGCGUCAAGCUGGUACCAAUCAGCAGUUCCCCGUUCGGUACGGACUACCGAAAUUUAGCCGCUUCACCUCCGGGAGCGAGAUCUCCUUCCGGGCCUCUUUCUCCGGGAAUUUGCUCCCCUCUCACCGCUCGAUCAGAGAGGACUCAUCCUCCUCCAAUUCCUCCCAAGAAACCAGGCAUGAGUCCGACCCCGGGUUCACCAAGUCCUUUUGCCCGAAUCAGCCAUUUUCCAGAGCUGUCAGGGAACUGCGGACCCAGCAACGGUGGAAAGGAAGGAGCAACAGAAACGGACCUGGUGGUAUCUCCUAGCAGUUAACCUUUUGUAAAAAAAAAACACACAAUUUAGUUUCUUUAUACAAGGCAGUCUUUCCGAACUUUGGACAAAAAUUGGACUUAAUAGAUGAAUAGUAGUUCCUAGAAUGAUAAUAACUGAAACAAAUCCACAAAACAUCACAAUGUUUUGUUUUAAAUAAUAUUGCUGUUUAAAGACAUUACACUGUAAAUUAAAUGCUGAGUAUGAUUGCAAGGACUUUGGACUAUCCAGGAUCUGCAUUCUAUCCAGGGAAAACGUACUUUUAGCCAAAUCUAAACAUUUAUAUACAUAAAUAUCUAUCACAUUAUUUACAUUGUAUUUUGUCAUUUUAAGAGAGCACACUAGAUUUUGAUUUGGGUGAUUUCAUGUGUUUACAACAAUGGCUUAUUGAUGGCGUUGCAACCAAGAACACUUGCAGGGGUUCAAUGUUCCUUGGACAAAUCAAGACAAUUAGAGCACUCAGGAAUCAGAUGCACAACAAAUUUUAGUAGGUGAGCUAACAUUAUUGAAUGUUUUCACUAAUAAUUCACAAAAAACUGUAAAUAAACUACGCUUCUGUGGUCA